AUGUCUUCAUCCUGGGAAGCUCAGGCGACCGAAAGGGCUUCUUUAAUCCUAGAGAAAAUCCCUCGUGAAUGGAGACUCUCAUCAAAUGAAAUUGCGUAUGCAAGAACCCAGCGAAACAUUAUAUGUGUCAUUUGCAAAUAUCUAGAUCGAUUUGAACAAGAAGUCCUAAAUCAUGACUCAAUAUCAAUACUAAGAAAGCUUAGGAGUGGAGAAUGGACUGCGGUUCAAUGUGUUCUGGCUUCUUGCAAGAUUGCUUGCAUUGCUCACCAGAUUAAUCCUUGCUUGCUUAACAUCAUGAUACCUGAAGCAGUAGAAAAGGCUAGAAAGUUGGAUGAAUGCUUUCAAAAUGAUGCGGGAUCGGUCAGAGGGCCACUUCAUGGUCUUCCGAUCAGCGUCAAAGAUCAGUUUCAUGUAAAGGGAUCGGAUACUACCAUGGGCUACGCUGGAUGGAUCGAGACUUUUGAGGGAGAUGGUAAUAGCAAUAAGGUUGGUAUGGUAGACAGUCAGAUAAUCUUUGAACUAGAGGAACAAGGUGCGGUAGUUUUCUGUAAAACCAGCUUGCCACAAACCGUUCUCUACGACGAAACUAUCAAUAACAUCAUAGGCCAGACACUCAAUCCAGUCAAUCGACUUCUUUCCUGCGGUGGUUCUUCUGGGGGUGAAGCAGCGCUCAUCUCAAUGGGUGGAAGUUCAUUGGGUAUGGGUACUGAUAUUGGUACCUACUUCGUUCUACAUGCCUUUAAACCAAUGACUAACUUCAGCAUAGCCGGUUCUAUUCGUGUACCAGCUGCAUUCUGUGGUAUUUACGGCAUCAAGCCAACUCAUAAUAGAUUUUCUUAUCGAGGGGUUGCCAAUACUAAUCCCGGGCAAACACUAAUACCCUCUUCAGUAGGGUUCCUUUCACGUUCAAUCGAAGGCCUAGAUUUAGUCAUGAGUAGUCUUUUAUACACAUCGCCUUGGCUUCGCGAUCCAGCCGUCGUUCCGAUUCCCUGGCGUAGAGAAAAUCGACCGCAAGACGGGAAAAGGCUCAGAUUUGGCAUUUUCUGGUGGGAUGGAAUGAUUCAAUCUCAUCCACCUGUUACACGGGCAUUGAAAAUGGUUGUAACUGCUUUGGAAAAUGCAGGGCAUGAGGUCAUAGAUUGGUGUCCACCAUCUCAUAGUAUACCCGAGCGACUUCAUCCAGCAAUAAUGAAUGCAGAUGGAUCCCAUCAUAUUCAAAAACAACUCGCAUUAUCCGGGGAGCCAUUAAUUAAAGAUUUACAAGACUUUUACACAUUAAAACCACCAAUGUCUCUUCUCGAAUAUCAAGAUCGAGCACUCCAACUCCGAGAUUAUAGACAAGCUUACUCGGAUUAUUGGAACAGUACAGCUGAUGUAAAUGGGAAUGUGGUGGAUGCAGUAUUAAUGCCUGCAGCUCCCCAUGCUGCUGUUAUACCUGGAAAAUGGGAACAUCUCGCUUACACGGAAGUUACCAAUCUUCUGGAUUAUACGGCAUUGGUUAUUCCAGUCACUUAUGCGGAUAAGGACGUGGAUGAACAUCAUGUUUAUGUAGCGGUUAGUGAGAAGGAUUUGAGGAAUUGGAUGGCGUAUGAUAAGGUGAUUUAUGAUGGUGCGCCGGUUGGGAUACAGAUUGUAGGGAGAGUUUGUGAGGAGGAGAAGAUUAUAGGGGUGGCGAAAAUUGUGGAGAAGGCUUUGGGGAGAUGAAGGAGAGUUUUGAGAAAGGCGAUGGAGGUUGCAAA